AUGGCUCAGGGUCCAGAGUUUCGAGAGGCGCUCACCCAGUUUAGAAAGAUGAUCCUGUGUGUGUUGCCUGAUAGCUGGCCUGCUUUAGACUACGCCGACUACGGCUGCUACUGUGGAAAGGGAGGCUCCGGCACACCUGGACAAGAACAACGAAUACGAGACAUCUGCGAGUGUGACAGGAAGGCUGCCGAGUGCUUUGGCGUGUCACCGUGGAACCCUGAGCACGAGCACCUCCCCAGCAACCGCUGUCAGUAAAGAUAGAUCCCAAAAAGUGACCGAUCAAUUGUUCAAUUUGUUGGCUCGUUAGAAAUAUUCACCUUAUACAUUCACACAUGGCCGUAUCACAAUGUCUGCAACUGCUGAAUUACUUUUGUUGGGUUUGUUAUGUAAUGUGAAGUUAUGAUGAUGAUAAACACAGUUUGAUCUCUUA